AUGAAUAUGUCGAAAUUUAAAUUGCUUUAUAACAAUAUUAAAUCUAAUGCAUUUAGCAUUAUGUUCUGGGCACCUUUGGCAAAUUGGGGUUUUGUAAUUGCUGGUUGCAAUGAUUUAAUGAAAUCACCAAUAUACGUUUCCGAGAAAAUGACAGCUGUUUUAGCUGUUUAUAGUAUGUUAUUUAUGCGUUUUGCUCUUUCAAUUAAACCAAAAAAUUACUUACUCUUUUCUUGUCAUGCUACCAAUACAUUAGUACAAAGUGUUUUGCUAUGCCGUAAAUUAAAAUUCGAAUUGGACAAUAAGAAAAAUUUAAAAGAAAUAAAAUAA